AUGAAGCUCUUUGUCGAGACCUUCAUCGGCACCAUGAUCAGCAUCAACGUCGACCCGUCUGACACCAUCAACGUCGUCAAGGCCAAGAUUCAGGAUCAACAGCGCCUUACCUUUGGCGAGGACGAGCUGGAGGACAGACGCACCGUGGCCGAUUACGGCAUCAAGGAUGAAUCCACUAUUCGCCUCCAUCUGCGCUGCCUGAGAAGGAAGAUCCGAAUUUAUCUCAAAGGGUUGACUGGCAAGACCACCACGCAUCAUUUCGAGAACCUCGACACCAUCGCUUGUGUCAAGGCCAUGAUCCAGGACAGAGACGGCAUUCCUACCGACUACCAGAAGCUCAUCUAUGCGGGGAAACACCUAGAAGAUGGUCGCACCAUGGAUGACUAUGCCAUCCAGGACGACGCCACAUUCCACCUCGUGCUCCGUCUCUGA